CCACCUCCCUCAGGGUCUUCCCUCUCCCAGCCGAAUCAGUAGCGACGGCGCCGCCCUUUCGCACUGUCUAGCCGCCCGCACUGGUCUCGUGCUGCAGGUGCGCAUUCCUCUGAAAACGAUUACCUUCGCCCGUCAUCUUCCUCGAACUCUAUCCUUGCCAUUGCGACCGUCGGCGGGCCUCAGUUUUGCGCUCUAUUUGGGGAAGGAUGGCCACCAUCACAGCCUCACCACCCACAAUGUCACCGCCUCUCGCCGGAGCAUCCUCCAGUCCUCCGACCCUCCCUCCCUUGAUCACAGCAACACCGACACCACGACGGGCGAGUUCGCAAAGACCGACCUCGUAUGUCGAACGACGAAUGUCCUCCUUUUCGAGCCAUUCCAAGGCUUCCCAUCAACCUCAGUCCCGUCCUAUCUCUCACGUCUUUCCUAUCUUCCAUUCGAGCCUCACUUACACGCUCGUACGGGACUUUGCAUAUUUACCAACACACCCAUGCCAUUAUGGUCCUCCUCCGAGCCAGUCAACACUUUCCACUCCGGUCAGUGAGUCCCGAAGACUAUCAGAUCCUUCGCUCUCGUCGUGGGAGGAUUCAAGAGGACAGUGGUCCGCAACACCGCCAUGGAUGUCAGAAACAAGCACCGGACCGUUCAGUCGGGAUCGACUACCUGUGAUGACGUUUAAAGAUGAUGGACCGCCGUACAGUGAAGACGAUGAUAUUCAGUCGCCGAUUGUGACAACCAGCAGACACAAGAAGCACAAGUCAAACGAACGGGGGAGAUCCCCGGGUGCCGCAGGACCGAAUCGUGGAUUACUGGUUGAGAAUAACCAUGAUGAGAUGGAUGGACCUGGCGAGGCUAUAGACACUUACGACAACAAUGUCCUUCGAUUCCCUCAACAACCGCAACAUCGAGAUUCCAAUUUCGCAAAACCAUUGGACAGAAGCAAAUCACCGAUGGACGGACACGAACCCACGUCCGAAGACGAAUACUCGGAAGCCGACGAUGACGCUCGAUUUUCCAAGGACUAUUCUUUCACCAUUGCGAGUCCGGACGAGAAAAUGCACGGGAAAGCAGUCGCACUAUUCGACUUUGAAAGCGAACACCAGAACGAGCUGCCCCUGAAGGAAGGGCAAAUCAUCCUUGUUUCUUACCGACACGGUCAAGGGUGGUUAGUGGCCGAAGACCCGAGAACAGGUGAGAGUGGCCUCGUCCCGGAAGAGUUCGUAAGGCUGGUCAGGGAUAUCGAGGGCGGUCUCCAUGGCUUGAACUCGGUAACCUUGGAUGAUGUCAACAUGGACGGGGUGAUGAGCCCGGAAUCAGCAGAUCUCACCACGCCAGUCGCGGGCACCCACGAUUUUCCAGCAUCAAAGAGCAACGGGAAUGGUCACAACAGCGAAAAGCACCCACCUGUCCAAUCGAGCUUCAGCACAAGCAGCCGAGACUUCAGCCCGUACCCUCUCACUGGGAAAAAUGAAGAGACCAACAGCACGACUCCAGUCGCCGCAACACAGCCCAAACCAGAAGAGGACGCCGCUGAAUCGGAUACAAGCUGACCAGACGCUA